GUUAUAACUUCCUUUUCUGCGAUGACUAGGAAUCAAUCCAAUACCGUAUAUUUAAAAUCACUUGCAUCCCCUGGUGAACAAUACAGCUUGACCAUGGCUUUCUUAUUGUGUGUGUUUGUGGCACUGUAUAUUGCACAGAGUGCUGAAGAGGACAGAGUGGGUAUCGUGGGGGGUACUGAUGCUGCACCCCAUUCCCGCCCCUACAUGGUUUCCCUGCAAGUGGGCAAGAGUCAUCUAUGUGGAGGAAUUCUGGUCAGGGAGGAUUUUGUGCUCACGGCUGCCCACUGUAAUGGUUUCAGGCGAUACAGAGUCGUCCUGGGUGCUCACUCCCUAAAUUCACGCGAAUCAACUCAACAGGCGCUGUACAUAAAGCGAUUCUACCCACACCCAAAAUACAACUUGGAAGCCAAUGACAUCAUGCUACUCAAGCUGAAUGGGAAGGCGAAGCUGACUAAAUUUGUCCAGGUGAUCCCUUUGAUGACUCAGCGACUGCCACCAGGCAAGGUGUGCAGCACUGCAGGCUGGGGGGAUGUGGGUGAUAAUGGCACCCUCCCGAACAAACUGCAAGAGGUGAACACCACCAUCAUCGGACAGAAGAAGUGUGCAAAACUGUGGAGAGGCAGCGUUAAGAUCACCAAGCGCAUGGUGUGCGCGACAGGCCAGCGCCAAUUCCAAGGCUUUUGUUCGGGGGAUUCAGGAGGUCCACUGGUGUGUGAUGGGAAGGCAGCUGGCUCCGUUUCCUUCUCAGGACAGCGUUGUGGAGAUUCCAGGACCCCAGAUGUUUAUAUGAACAUUCCCAGCUACAGGAGAUGGAUCAAAUAUGUUCUUAAGCGUGGAUAAUAUCAUUAGUUUUCAUAAUUUCUGUUACAAAAAUGAAGUUUUAUUUUACUUUGCUUUCUUUUUUGCAUUCUCAUUAAACAAAUGAACUAUU